AUGAACCAUUCAAAGCUUGGUCAGGCUUUGAGCCGUCGCCAGAGUCUAUGUCUCCAGGCCCAAUACGUACAAUUGAGAAAGCUCAGUACUGUCAGUGGGAGCACUCCUGGAAAAGCGCCUCUUAGCAGGUUUGAGCCAGACCAGUAUAUCGAUUAUGGCGAUUUCAUUAGAAAGGUCGAGCUGGGUCGCAGAUUCAAUAACCGACCCCUAACGUAUACCGAGAAGAUUUUGGUCGCCCAUAUGGACAACAUAGAGGAGGAAAUCUUGCAGCGUGGAAAAACUCUCCUGAAGCUCCGCCCCAGACGAGUGGCUUGCCAGGAUGCAACUGCUCAAAUGGCCAUCAUUCAGUUCAUGUCUGCCGGUCUGAGCUCAACGGCAGCCCCGACAAGCGUCCACUGUGAUCAUUUGAUUGUGGGAAAGAAGGGCCAGGAUGUCGAUCUACCUAAUGCCCUGAACGUGCACAAGGAAGUCUUCGACUUUUUGUCAAGUGCUUGUAAACGGUUCAACAUUGGCUUCUGGAAGGCUGGCGCUGGUAUCAUACACCAGAGCAUUCUGGAGAACUAUGCCUUCCCUGGAGGAUUGAUGAUUGGCGCAGAUUCUCAUACCCCUAACGCCGGUGGCCUGGGAAUGAUGGCUAUCGGUGUAGGCGGAGCAGAUGCGGUGGAUGUUAUGGCAGAUGUGAUCAACCGGCUAGUUUCCAUCCUCACAGUCAAAGGCGGAACGGGAAACAUCAUUGAGUUCUUCGGCCCCGGGACACAAUCUCUGUCAGCGACGGGAAUGUGCACAAUCACGAACAUGGGCGCCGAGACUGGGGCAACUACUUCCAUCUUCCCAUACUCGGAUGCGAUGAACUCAUAUCUCAAGGCUACUCACCGACAUGAAAUUGCAGCCGCCGCAGAUUUCGCGGCAAAUGAGCUCAAAGCAGAUGAAGGAGCCGAGUACGACCAGGUCAUUGAGAUAGACUUAUCAACUCUUGAGCCACAUAUCAACGGGCCAUUUACACCAGACCUCUCUACCCCAAUCUCCAAGUUUGGCGAUGUGUCAGCGCAAGAAUCUUGGCCUCCAAAGCUGACUGCUGGGUUCAUAGGGUCCUGCACAAACUCGUCGUUCCAGGACAUGACACGGGCCGCAGACUUGGCCAAGCAAGCACUCACAGCUGGGCUAAAGCCCAAAAUGCCUCUUUUCGUCUCACCGGGCUCGGAACAGACUAGAGAGACCCUUCGAGCGAGCGGAGCGUUGGCGGGUACACGUAACUCGAUCAUUACGACGUACAACAGAAACUUCACUGGCCGUCUGGACGGCAACCCGGCGACAUACAAUUUCCUCUCCUCACCUGAAAUGGUUAUGGCCAAGAUUUUCUCGGACAAUCUCGGAUUCAAUCCAAUAGAAGACUCGAUCAAGAAAGAUGAUGGCUCAGAGUUUCGCUUCUCACCACCUGAAGGCGAGCCUCUGCCUGCGGGUGGCUAUGCCAACACAGACUAUGUCUUCACCAAACCGCCCUCAAGCUCAAGCGAACGGGACAAUAUUCAAGUUCAAAUACCUGAAUCUUCCGAUAGGCUACAGCGGCUUUCCCCUUUCCCACCAGGACGAAAAGGUGAUAUCGAAAACUGUGUGAUUCUGAUCAAAACAAAGGGCAAAUGCACGACCGACCACAUCACACCUGCAGGACCAUGGUUCCGUUUCCGCGGUCACUUAGAUAACAUCUCAAACAACACACUCAUCGGUGCCGUUAACGCUGAGAAUGAUCAGACUAAUUCGGUCACAAACUGGAUCACUGGAGAAGAGGGCGAUACCCCUGGAACGGCGAGGGCUUACAAAAAUCUCGGCCAGCCGUGGGUUGUCAUCGGAGACUACAACUAUGGAGAGGGAUCCUCGCGUGAGCACGCUGCUCUCCAGCCACGCUACCUAGGUUGUCUUGCCAUCAUCGCUCGGAGUUUCGCUCGGAUCCAUGAGACGAAUCUGAAAAAGCAGGGUGUUUUAGCCCUCACAUUCGCCAACGAGGAAGACUAUGAUCGUGUUCACUCCUCUGAUCGUAUCAGCAUCCUCGGAAUUAGCGAGAUUGCUCCCAGCAAGAGCCUCACUCUGCAGUGCACUCCCACCGUAGGGAACAGGCUUCCAUGGACGGCCAAACUCAACCACUCUAUGACCUCAGAGCAGGUUGAGUACUUUAAAGCUGGAAGUGCUUUGAACUUGAUGGCAAAUAGAAAAAGCGAAUCGGACGCGGCGGCUUCACUACUCUAG